CAUCAACUGCCCAAACAUCCUCAAUUUUAACUAAAUUCUCCCGCCGGCCGUAGAGAGACACGCAAACUUACUCAUACAACAAUGGCCUUCACUUCGUUCCUAUUUUGUCCCAUACAACUCUCCCCAAACCCAACACUCCUAAGCCGCCAUCGUCGGAAGACCCCCGGAACCGUGGCCGCCGUUCCACCACUAUCCACUGCCACCGACGUCUCCGUCGUGGGUAAUCCAUUCGACAGCACCACUCUAGCUGUCAUCGGUGGAAGUUCUGUGGCAGCACUCGCGGCCGUGCUUUCCUUCACCGAUCCUGAGAGGCGGCGGCAAAUCCAGGCGGAGGAAGUGGGCGGCGGGGACAAGGAAGUGGUCAGGGAGUACUUUAACAACGAUGGGUUCCAGCGGUGGCGCAGGAUAUAUGGAGAGACGGAUGAUGUUAACAAAGUGCAGCUAGACAUAAGAAUUGGGCACGCGAAAACUGUGGAGAAUGUGAUGAAGAUGCUGACGGAUGAGGGGUCAUUGAAGGGCGUUACAGUGUGUGAUGCCGGGUGUGGGACCGGAAGUUUGUCGAUUCCAUUGGCGAAGGAGGGCGCCGUGGUGUCUGCCAGUGAUAUCUCGGCUGCUAUGGUUGCUGAAGCUGAGAAA